AUGGCUACCCCUAGUGUCCUCGCUUUUGACGCUGAGGGUCGGGCCAUUGACUUUGAUGUCUGGAUAGAUGACCUGCAGCUUUUCUUACAGUGCGACAGGGCAGACGGCCUCUCCCUCUUUGACCUCACUUCUGGUGCCUCUCCUGCCCCCGCUGCUGAUGCUGACGCCACUGUUCGCUCACAGUGGGCCACGCGCGAUGCUGCUGCACGUCUUGCUGUGCGUCGCCACCUGCCUACCUCUGAGCGUGCGCACUUUAGCCAGUACAAGAGUGCUCAGACCUUGUACGACACUGUAGUUGCGCGCUACUCCUCCCCUGCCACUGCUGCACUGAGCCGCCUCAUGCUACCGUACCUCUUCCCUGACCUUGCUGCCUUUCCCACAGUCGCUGACCUCAUUACGCACCUCCGCACUAGUGACACUCGCUACCGCGCUGCGCUUCCUGCUGAGUUCUGCACCAAGAACCCCCCCCCCAUGUACAUCACCCUCUACUACAUAGUCACCCGGCUCCCUGACUCCCUUCGCGUAGUCAGGGACCACUUCCUCUCAGUUUGCCCCACCACUCUCACCGUUGACCUCCUCGAGAAGUCCCUCCUAGCAGCAGAGAAGAGCAUAGUCGCUGUAGGAGCCUCUCGUGGUGACCCUCGCACCCCCAUCUUUGAGGGGUGUUCCCCCUCCCCCCUUUUGCCCUCUGUUGCCUCUGCUGCUGCGGCCGACCUCGUUGGGCUUGAGUCGGUCGGUGCGGCGUCUACCCCUAGCGGGAGACGUCGCCCUGGCAAGGGCAAGGGGGGCAGGGGCACUGGAGGAGCUAGCGGGGGCGGUGGAGGCGGAGGUGGAGGCGGUGGAGGGGGUGGGGGUGGCGGUGGGGGUGGUGGCGGGGGUGGAGGUGUCGGUGGCGGCAGUGGAGGCGGAGGCGGAGGCGGCGGUGGCGGUGGGAGCGGAGGUGGCGGCGGUGGAGGAGGAGGCGGCGGAGGAGGUGGAGCUGGUCGGGGUGGCGCUGUGCAGAGGGUCGGCUCCGGUGGUGGUCAGCGCCAGCAGCAGCAGCAGCAGCAGCAGCAGCAGCGCACUCGUGACAUCCCCUCCCCUCAGCAGCUCCGGCGGGUGUAG